AUGUUAAAGUCAGACAGCUUUAAUGCUUUAGCUACCUAAAAUGUCUGUAAGAUGUGCAAAAAACGGAGCAUCAGUCGCUCAGUAAUCUCGCAUUGCCAGACCUAUCUCCACUGCGCUGCAGAGUCGCUCAUCAAUGCAAGUUAUGUUUCCAUUAAAAAUAAACUGCGAAAUCGGAAGCUAGCUAACUUCAGUGUUAAGUUUCACAUUUCACUUAAGUUUCCCCUUAACUGCCGAAUCGGAAGCUAACUUCAGCGUCAUAGUCACUGCGUGUACAUCAGGCCACUCUUGUGUUUGUAAACGUAAGCUAGCCGUGUCGAGUAUGGAAAAGUUAACUGGCAUUGUCCUGUUGUAGUGUUAACAGUGCUAGUGUGCAGUCCUCCUUGCCAAGGAAGGAGAGGCACCAGGGACCAUGAGUGAGAAUGGCCCUCAUACGUCGGCGUCAAUGUACUUUGAGGUGGAGGUGGAUCACCUGGAGCGGGACGACGACGACGACGAAGAAGAAGAAGACAAGAACCACUUUGACAAAGAUGAUGACCUGAUCGCUGAGCCUUCAACGUCCGCUGGUCGGGUGUACGACCGCACCACAGUACUCAUUGAGCGGGACCCUAUCCGGCUAGAUGAGGAGGGCGAAGAAGAGGGUCACUGUGGAGGGGACGAAGACGGGGUCACCUUCCUAACUGAAGGGGAAGGUGAUGGAGAUGAGGAGGAUGUCUCGCUGGCUUUUAUGAACGACCCUGACGGCAUGUCACAGGGUUAUGUGCACCACACCAUUUCUCCAGACCAGAUCCAGUUCACAAUUAAUCCCGGCUCCACCCGCAUGCCACGCAACAUAGAGGGGGCCACCCUCACCCUGCACUCUGAGUGCCCAGAGACCAAGCUGAGAGAGGUGAAGCGCUACCAGUGCAUGUUCGAAGGCUGCACCAGGACGUACAGCACAGCAGGAAACCUGCGAACACACCAGAAGACGCACCGAGGCGAAUAUACAUUUGUGUGUAAUCAACAGGGCUGUGGAAAGGCCUUUCUCACCUCUUACAGCCUUAAGAUCCAUGUCCGUGUUCACACCAAGGAGAAGCCGUUUGAGUGUGAUGUGCAAGGCUGUGAGAAGGCCUUCAACACGUUAUACAGACUAAAAGCACACCAGAGACUUCACACAGGCAAGACAUUCAACUGUGAAUCAGAGGGAUGCACAAAGUACUUUACCACACUUAGCGACCUGAGGAAGCACAUUCGCACACACACUGGGGAGAAGCCAUUCCGGUGUGACCACGAUGGCUGUGGCAAAGCCUUUGCUGCAAGUCAUCACCUAAAAACACAUGUACGGACACACACAGGGGAGAAGCCGUUCAACUGUCCCAGUGAUGGCUGUGAGAAGACGUUUAGCAGCCAGUACAGUCUGAAGAGUCACAUCCGGGGCCACGACAAAGGACAGCCCUUCACCGUCACCCUCACCCAUCCGCUGUCUGAAGAUGCAAAUCACUCGCUGUGCCUCAGUGACUUAAGCCUCAUCUCUACAGACUCAGAGCUACGAGAGAACAUCCACAAUGCUCACAAUUUGGACCUCAGCAAUGUGAAAAUCUUUGAGCUCAUGUUCCAGAGUCCUGAAAAUAGUGUCAGCCAAGAUGAUGCCCAUCCCAACGAGAGCCUUGCGGAAUCCUUCAGCCUGGAGACGUCUACCCGGUCGGUAGUGACUGAUGGAUCGUCUCUCAUCUCUUUCUCUCUCCAUCCUACUUCCUCAUCUCCCUGUUCCCACAAAACUGCAGUCAUGGAGGCUCCUUCCCAGCUCAGUCAGAGCUCUUCCCCUCAGGCCUCCACCCCUGCCGCUGUCCCCGCCACUGUCAGCUCCACGCAGCCUCCGCCUUUCAUGCAACUAACUGGGCCUCAGCAGAUCUCCGAUGUGCCUGCCCAGGCUUCUGUCCAAGCGCCAAACAAUGUCACCCCCCAGCACUUUGUGGCACUGCCACCCACAUUCCUGUCGUCUGAUAGUGCCACCCAGACCACGCCUUUACCACAAGCCAUCUCCACUCCUCUUCCAGUGGCUCCAGCACUGACCACCCCUGCACCAGGCACCGCCCCUAUGUCUGUUGUUGCGGCCACCGCACCAGAUGCUCUGGCAGCUGUAUCUCAACCUGUGCCUUUGGCCAACAUUCCUGCCCCCAGCCCUGGCCAUGGUUUGGCUAACACCCCUGCCACCAUCACCAUAGCUCCCACCCCAAACCUGCUGCAGCCCAGCCUGGUCAUGUCUGACCAGAACCUCCAGUGGAUCCUCAGCAGUGCUGCCAACAGUCAGCAGAACCCAGAACAAACACCACAUCAAGGAGCUCCAAAAGUGGAAAAAGUUUUCUUCACGACAGCCAUACCAGUGGGAGGAAAUCCUGGCAGCUCAGUCCAGCAGAUCGGCCUCAGUCUGCCUGUCAUCAUCAUCAAACAGGAGGAAUCCUGCCAGUGCCAGUGUGCCUGCAGGGACGCUGCUAAAGACAAGGGUUCAAAGAGUGCCUCCUCCAUUGUUUCAGCCCCAGCACAGCCGCAACCACCAGAGCCACCUCCUCCCCCACUAUCACAACCCCCAGAGCCUCCACAUCAUUCAGCCACCUCAUCUUCUUCAUGCUGCCCCCCUGAGUCUUCCUCUAAGGUGGGUGAGGUGAGGCUGGAGGCACCCUCUUCUUCUUCCUCCUUCUCAGCUCAGACAUUCUCCACGAUAGGGAGCAGCACUGCCACAAACCCUUCCUCGUCUGGCGGGUUAGCCAAUAUGGAUGUCUCGGACUUCCUUUCCCUGCAGAGCCCUGAGACAGCUGCCAACAUUGAGGCUCUGCUGCUGGUCGCUGAUGACUUCAACAUGACCACUGAUGGCAAUCCUUAGAUCCUGAGUCUGGCACCGUGUGUUUGUCUGUUGCGCCAACUCAUCCACAGGCAUCAAUUCCUCCCACAUCUCGAGUCAUUCUUCACAGCGACGCCUCUUCUUUCUCCCUAUAUAGUGUGUGUAUCAAACCCCCUGCACCUGCAGUGCAUUCUGUUCUGUAUAGCAUUGUGCAACAUAUAUAUAUAUAUAUAUAUAUAUAUAUAUAUAUAUAUAUAUAUAUAUAUAUACACACACAAACUAUGACUCAUUUUUCUGUUGAUUCAUUACAGUAGUUGAGUUUUUAAAAACAGGAUUAGUUUGCUUAAUGAGAUUUAGCAAAGUUAAUGCCAAUGAAUGCAGGGAAAAGGCAGUAGAUCCUUUGUUAUCAACAUAAUCAAACUGUAUAUAAUAACCCCUCGAUGUCCACCCUGAAUUGAUUGAAUGAAACAAAUGAGUGUUGUCCAAGCACUGAUAACUUAAGAGUUCCAUUUCCUGAUUUGAAGGCCAGACACCUGACCAGGAAAACAAAACGUGUCUGUAUAUCUUUGUACUGUACUACAGGUCCUAACAUAUGCUCAAAGCUGGUAUGCAACUGACCAGAAUGCACUGUAUUAGAGGAAUUUAAUUGUAUUGCUCCCAGUAAGAAUUUGAAGCAGUUGGCCACAUAGCCCCCCCCCCCCCCCCAUAUAGCGGUCAUACAAUAUGAAGUGAUUUCCUCAGUGUUUUUGUUUUCUAGGAAGACUAGUGUAGUCCAGAAAAUGUGAUUAUUUUUUACUUCGAAAGUUAUUUACUAAUUGAGAAAAGAACCUGUGAUCUGAUCUGCCUGUCUUAAGUGAAAUCAAUAAGUUGCCUAUAACUUAAACUAAUUUAAAAUUGUACAUGUUAAUUUAUUUAAAUACUUGAUUCUUUCAUUAUACUGCUAAUACUAUUAUCUUCAAGAUAGCAGAAAAAUCUAUUAAUUUAUUCCAAUCACUUGUAUUUUCAAGUUGAGCUGUUUUUAUGUUACUGAAUUGCUUUUUUUUUUUUUUCAAAGAACGUAAUGACAUUGCUAAAAGCAAGUUUGAGAAAAGAUUGUAGACUGCACAGUGAAACAAAAUAUCCUCGAGGAUCUGCUUGUUUGCAAAAAUUGUCGAGAAUGAAACAGUAAGGAACUACUGUCAACAUCCCAUGUUUAAUAGGGUUGUGACCCUCUCAGGGAUGCAUCAAGUCAUAACUGAUCCUGGUUCCAUUCAUUUGUUUCUCAGACAUACGUUUUUCUCACUAGAUGCCCCACACUUGCAGUCGCCCUACGUUUUGCUGCACUCUUCCCUGUUUAUUGCACACUAACUUGUAAAGUGAGUAAUCUGACAGCUUGUUAGCUGAGGUGCAGCACCACUACAGACUUUUUGUAUACAACUGCUGUUAAAGUAGCAUUUAAAAGAUGGUGUCCUGGCGACAGUGUAAAUACAGUACAUUUCAGUGUAAACAUAUUUGAGAAACUUGUAGAUUAUUCUAGAAUUUGUAUUUUUGUAUAGACUUUUGAAUUACUAACUGAGUUUGAAGCUAAUGUAUAUCCUCUACCCUUGUAUUUUUCCCCAGUCACAUUUAUGCAGAGGAUUUUUUUUUGCUGUGUUUAGUUGAAUAGUUCUUCAAGCAGCUGGGCUUUUGUACAGUCCCCAAAGUAAGAAAAUAUAUGUAACACAUAGCCUCCUGCUGAGAGUACAAUUUAACAGUAUUGUUUCACACGGGACACAAUGCAAUGACAGAACAAAGGCAUUAUGCCCUGUAUACUAGAGUGUAGAGGUACUUGGCCUUACAACAUAACUGUUCUAUGAGCCUCCUUGCCUUGACGGUCCCUGCUUUAGACAGACUUGCCAUUAACACGCCAACACACUCCUCUUCGCUGAGUCUCGGGCAAUCUUUUCAGCAGCAGACCACAAUAAGGCAAAAGCAUUGAGACAGAAAAGCUUCUGGUUUUCCUAGAAACUAUUGUUUUCCAGCUGUGUGUUUGGAAAGUCAUUCAUGGAUAUGCAGCAUAACUGAUACAAGUGAUGUGAUUCUACAUUUGAAUUCCAGGUUGUAGGAUCAGACCAAACUGACAUGCUUUUGCAUGUCACAUAACUCAUGCUUGGCUUUAUUUUUGCCAAAAUUUAGGAGGUGCCAAGAAUGCAGUUAAGAUAUGAAAGGCUCCAGUCACACCUUGUGUGCUCUAAACCAUUCCACAUAUGCAGUAUGAGAUAUCAGGAGUGUCCCUACUUGGUUCAAUUGGAUUACAAAAAUGUUGAUCAUUUACUCACCAUUUCCUUGUUAAGGCACUCUGAAAUUACUGCCAGAAGUCAAGUUCAUACCAUUAAUAUAUAUUCUUAUACAUGCAUACUGUCAAAGAACAAAACUAUGCAAUUUAUGUGCGGCAUUCACCAGUUUAAAUACUGACUCCAAGACAAAAAUAUUUAACCCUCCCUUCAUUAAAUGAUACUCUGCCACAACCUUAUAUGCGGAACUCACGAGGCAAAAGUUGCCUUUCCAAUGCAUAUGUUAAAAGCAUGUUUCUUUAACUCCAGUAUAUUGCAUUUCACAUUCGGAGUGGUGUUCCCACGAAUGUGGCACGGCACCACAGUGAUCCUUUUACAUGCUGUUGAAAACCAACUGGAUUUGUUUGAAGUAGUGAAUGAAUGAUUCUGUUUUAAGAAUUAUUUUUGGUCAAAUGUACGCAGCUUUUUUUUUUUAAUAAACGGUUCAUUUGGGCUAACUCCAUUUAUGUAAUCAUCUCAGCCUUUCACAUUUAAAA